AUGGCUGACUCAAGUUUCCCCUUACCUCCGGACGACAUAUGCCCUCUUUGUGUGGAUGCCCUGAGAGACCCAGUCACCAUCCCAUGUGGGGACACUUACUGCUUGGACUGCAUCAAGAUCUACUGGGAUCAGUAUGACCAUAUGGGUGUGUACAGCUGCCCCCAGUGUAGAGCAACCUUCACGCCGAGGCCCGUGCUGAGACGUAAUCUACCGGACACCUACCAGGAGCCCCGCCGCCAGUUUCCAGAGCUUACUCCUUUCCCCUACAUGCAGCAAGAGUCCUUCUGUGAUUUCUGCGUGGGUCGGCGCAACAAGGCGGUCAAGUCCUGCCUAAUGUGCCUGGCUUACUACUGUGAAACGCACGUGAAGCCGCAUUAUGAGUCGUCCACGUUCAAGCGACACAAGUUGGUGGAUGAAACUGGCCACUUGGACAGGAAGAUCUGCCCACAGCAUGAAAAGGGCCUGGAGCUGUUCUGCCGCUCCGACCAGAUGUGUAUAUGUGUGUUGUGUACUGUUCGGGAGCAUCGCAGCCACAACAUCACCUCUGCAGAGGAGGAGCGCAUUGAGAAACAGAAAGUGCUGGUGGUGACACAGUCUGAAGUCCAGCACAUUAUUCAGGAGAGGAUGAAAGAGCUGCAAGAGCUCAAACAUAAUGUUGACGUUCUCAAAAGCUGUGCCCACCGGGCCCAAUCCGAGAGUAAUAAGACAUUCCACGAGAUGCUACAGGCAGUGGAGCGCUGGAAGGCUGAAAUCCAUCAGCUGAUAACAACCAACAUGCAGGCGGCCAUGUCCCAAGCCGACGGCUACGUGGAGCGCCUGGAACAGGAGAUACUCGAGCUCCAGCGAAGAGAUGCCGAGCUGAGGCAGAUUCUGGAAACGGAAGACAACAUUCACUUUCUACAGAAUUUUCCCACCCUGUGUGUUGCUCCGGAAGCCAUGGUGCCCAAGGUGCUCAUCAACCCUCAAUUCUCAUUCAGUGAUAUGAGCAAAACAGCCACAGAAAUGAAGGAACAUCUGGAUGAUGUAUGUAAAAAGGAACUCAAUCAAAUCUCCAAAACAGUAGGUGAAACAUCUGUGUACAUCCUUUUGCCAAGAAAUGGAGACAAGCGACUCAAAGUUCCAAACAGAGUGGAUUUCGAGGAGCCAAAAGCAAGAUCAGACUUCUUAAGAUAUUCCUGUAAGAUGUCAUUCGAUCCAAAUACAGCCUAUAAGGAGCUGGUCCUCUCAGACGGGAACCAGAAGGUCACCAGGAAGAAAGCAAUCCAGUUUUAUCCUGAUCAUCCAGAGCGCUUCGACAGCUUUUCCCAAGUGCUGUGCAAAGAGCCGCUUACUGGUUUCAGAUUUUACUGGGAGGCGGAGUGGAGUGGGGAGUUUUCCCUCGGAGUGGCCUAUAAAAGUAUCAGUCGCAAGGGAAAGAACUCACACAGUCUGCUGGGCUACAACAACAAGUCUUGGAGUCUGCUCUGCUCAGACUCGGGAUAUUCCGCCUGGCACAACAAAACAGACCGUGACCUUGGGGAGGUUCCCCGGGCGUCACGAAUUGGCGUGUACCUGGACUAUGCUGGCAACACUGUGGCAUUUUAUUCCGUCUCAGAAACAAUGGCGCUCAUCCACAGAUUUAAAGCUCAGUUCAGUGAGCCUUUGUAUGCAGGCUUUGGUGUGGGCUCUUCCGUUACUCUUUGUCAACUCAAACAGAAUUCUUCACCUUUCUGAGAUAAGUUGCUUGAUAUUGUGCUUUGUUAUAUAACUCCCAACAUUUAAAAUAUGCAGUCAUUUAAUCAUGACACCUUGAGAAACAUUCAAUUGGGACACUGUUUGCAACAAUGAAAAAUAGCACUUCUGUCAUUGCCGUGGCACGCUUCAGAGUAUGUUUGCUUUACUUCCCUUUUGUAGUUAUUAGUCAUGUAAUCAGUACAGUAUUCGUUUGUCUGAUCAUUAAAGUUUUUAAAGUUGAAUUCUUCCUUCACUAUACAAUGGUCGGGGCACUUUUGUUUGCCAGUUCUGCAUAUCAUGUUCAA